AUGAAAUCCCAUGAAAAAUCUAAAGUGCACAUGAAUAAUGUUUUUAGCUUUUCAAUGCUUGGUAAGUUAAAUAUAAAAACCCAAUUAAAUUCAGCUUAUCGUGAUACUCUAAUUAAAUACAAUGAACAUGUGGAUAAUCGAUAUGUCUUAAAUCAAAUCAUAAAUUGUAUAAGGUUUUGUGGAGCUUUUGAGUUAGCUCUUAGAGGUCACGACGAAACCAAAAAUUCAGAACACAGAGGCAUAUUUAAGGAGCUGGUCAAUUUUAGCGCCGGAUUGGACAACGACUUAAAAGUUUCUAUUCAAAGUUCCAAAUAA